AUGACAGGUGUCAAGGGUCGAGUCGAGUUCCAGCUGGAAAACUCCACUCCGGGAUAUGAAAUGAUCGGGGAACGCCCGCAGGAGGACGAGAGCGCAGCUGAGAGGCCGUCAGAGACCGGGGAGUGCAAGUCCAACACCGGCCAGAGAGGUCAACUAACGUCUGCUAUAGCCGAGCUGGAGGAUGGCGAUGAUGAUGAGGGUGAUGAAGAUGCACCGCUGUCGGUACUGGCUGACGUCGCUCUGGCGCCACCCCGCGGUGAUACUGCGUCCUGCAGCUGGGACAGUGAGGCCUACAGCUUUCUGGAGCUCGGAUUCCAGGAGACGUGUAUCCAGUCCAUGCGGCUGCAGCUCCAGUUCCUCCUGAGCCAAGCAGAUGACUUAAUGAAAGGGCAGGAUGAUCAAGAGAGGAAGGCUCAUGCUGCUGCCGUACCAGACUUCCUGUUCACCUGUCAGCCUUAUUUUAACUACGUGGAAUCCACGGCACAGAGAAGCCUGAUGUCCGAGCACACCCCUCUGCGUCAUGAAAUCUACACACGGCUGUUGGACUUCUCUGAGCAGCUGUGUGACAAGUUGGAACAGCUGGUGUUAACCCACGCCAGGCACAGUCUCCUCUGUUUGGAUGAAUCUGAUCCUAGCAGCUUGUCUCACUUCUGCAUCGGUCAGACUCAGCUUGGCCGACUGAGGCUGACAGCGUUCCGCUACUGCUUACCCACUCCGUACAUCCCCCACGUUGACACGGGCUUGUACAAACGGAUGCGGUGGAACGUGGAGACGCUCCCAGACAAACCCCAGCAGGCAGAUGAGAAGCAGGGUGGAGAGAGCGAGGAGAAAGCAGAAACCAUUAGAGAGACAGAGUAUUACUUCCUGUGCUAUGAGGAUAUUCCCAAUGCACACACAUAUGCUGGUGAGGAGAGCCAAAGUGACGUGGUGAGGUUGUGGUCCAUCGGUGGUUGGGUGCAGGUGAACCCAGACCCUGACACAGAGGACAUCAACGAAUGGAUCACGUGUGAGGUCCCUCAGGCCGACUAUCACAGGCUGUUGUUCCUGGGCAGUAAGGAGCCGUCCAGCUGCAAUGCUACAGAGCUCCUGCAGCAGCUGCUGUUGUCACAGCAGACCACUCUGUGACGCUCUGCUCUGUAGGAGGGUGUGUGCAUCUGUGUUAUAGUGCACAUGACAUCUACAUUGAGGUUUCGCACAGCAUUUGGAAAUGGACUGGACCAGUUUUGUUCAAACAGGACGUUGAAGGUAAAUCCUGGUUUAAAUGUGUGUGGAUGCCGUCGUAGAGACACCUGAGCUGAAAUCACCUAACACAACCUCAAGCCAAUUUCCUCGCCCCAUGUAAAAAUUGUUUAAUGCUGUGCACUUUGUGUGAGGUUUUGCUGUACAAUGUUUGUCACUUUAAUCUGUUCAGUGUGUUCUU